CUUGAACAACUUGUUUGUUUGAUUUUAUUAACUCAGAAGCAGGCGGCGUUAAAAGUAAAUGCAACGCAAUUCAAAUCAAUUUCAAAAGUUUGGAACUUCAGGCUUUGCCGCCGCCCGGCAGAAAUAAAUCACGGAGCGCGCGUGGCCGAUUCAAGUCGAAUUUCGCGCGCCCAGAGGAAGGCAUCAGCGCGCAGUUUUCUACUUCGCUUUUUUAGAUAGCUCUCGAUGUGGCCGAGUCUGACGGCGCGUUGUGUGCGCCUUUCUUACCGUCAUCGACCCAUUUCGACGCACAAGCGCCACAAAUGGCGCGCACCCGGGCGGCUUUUGGAGUGUAUGUGAGGGGUAGGGGUUGCGUAAAUGCGCGGCCCCCACUGGGGCCGUGUAGGAUUCCACAUGACAUGUCAGCACAUGCCCGCGUCCGCGGGCUCGGCCGGUCCUUGGUGUGUGCCGCACUUGGCGAGACACAGAAGCAAUUCGCCGUGGUCGCUUCUCGCGAAGCUUUCAGAAGCUUCGCAAUAGCUGCGGGCGGCGUAAGGAGAUUGGGACACGCCAAAAACAUGGCUGAUUGGCGCUGGUGCGUGGACUGCUUUAUUUCUGAGUUGGAUGCGCUCCCUCGCGGGCAGUCCUGGUUGAUUCGCCACUCCAUUUUGCCGGAGAGGAAACUUGGUCCAAAUUUGAUCCAAAAUUGAUCCAGACACGGAUACGUAUAUGUGGACCAAAUUUGGACCGAGUUUGGACCAACUCUUGACCGAAUCUCGAUCAACCAUUUGAAAUUGGCCAGAAUCUCGAUCAACCGUUUGAAAUUGGCCAGAUUCUCGAUCAACCGUUUGAAAAUGGCCGGCAUCUCGAUUAGCCGUUUGAAAUUCCCGACUGUCGUUUGAAAUCCCCGGCCGCAGUCUGGGGUUGUCGAUGAAAGGCACCGGCCUGCCGCCAGCGGGCCGGUCCCUUUUCUAAUCAGUUGGCCUCUGAGGCUGCUGGCGAAUUUGGGUUGGCCUCCCUUCCUGUUUGUGAAAAGUUGAGCGGUUGGCAGGAAGACGCAACUUCUGCAACGUGCACAGAUGGAAAGAUGGGGACUUCGGGCGAGCUCUUCGCCCAUCGCGAAUUGCGCCUGGCUACUCGCCUUGAGCAACCUACUUUGACGUGUCAGCCUCUUCAUUAUUUCGGUGAAGCAGACGAGCGCGCAUGUUUGUUAUUUCGGUGAAGAAGAUGAUUUUCUUGAACAACUUGUUUGUUUGAUUUUACAGAACAGUCUAAAACGCACCAGAGAAAUUCGCGGUUUCUGUAUCCGGGGGGUCAGACUAGGAGGUGGCCGGGUACUAGGGGGCUUGGCAUUUCAGCUUUGGCACGACGAGGCCGUGUGCCGGAGUUUCAGCGACGCACCAAGCAAGUUUCUCUCUUGGCAAUUUCGGACUCUGAUUACAAACCCAGGCGCCUGGGCGGCUUUUGGAUUGGGCGGCGCGCCGCCGGUGUCUCAUCUUCUGGAAGGAAUUGCUCGGGUGCUUUCUUUGUGUCGGUUGGCAAACUACUUUCGCUACAAACUGCAAGGCGUUUUGGUGGGGCUAUCUUUGGGUUAGGUUUUCUUUCACAUUUUUGGGCAGCGGCUCUGGAGUUCUUUUCCGCCCGUAUUUGUUCUGGCACGGGCUUCCUGGUCGGCAUGCUAGCCUCGGCAGUGCCCUGGUUUGGCUUUCGUAGCUAUCUCCAUUUCGCACCAGAAUUGUCAAUGACAGGCGUCAUACGUAGCAAGCGCCGCUACGUGUAGCUCUCCCCUCUCCGUCAGGGGGUCCUAAUUCCGGGUCGGGUGCAAGUGGGCCUUGGGUGUUAUAGGCCAGGCAGCGCUGGGUCUGGUCGCCCCUGUUUUGGAGCCGUCGGUCAGGAGGUUGCGUCGGAAGGUGCAGCGCGCGGGCGCCUCUAUUUCAGGCGAUCAUGUGCUGGGCUGGCUUGGUGGAUGUAGAUGGUUUCGCCCUCCUGUUGUUCCGCUCCCUGUUUUGGAUCUCGAGGACGCGUUGGCCUCAUCAAAUACCGGGAGCUGCGGGUGAUUGGCCUCAAAUACCGGUUGAGGUGUUGACCGGGAGCUGCGGGUGACCGGUUGAGGUGUUGACAUUUUCUGGGAUGCUUGCAUCUUGGCGCUGUUUGCUACAUGGAUUUUGGAAGGAACAUAGCCGGGCCGGCGGGGCAUGAGUGCGGGGUUUCUCGCUCAUCGCGGUUUUUCUGCCCACAACCAGGAGAACGGAGGCUCCUGCCUGCCACCAAUGGCAAUGCCUGGCUGAAGGCCCUGGCCUCGGUGAAGAAGAUGAUUUUCUUGAACAACCUGUUUGUUUGAUUUUACAGAACAGUCUAAAACGCACCAGAGAAAUUCGUGGCUUCGAUUAACUCCAAAGCGCCUUAUGCUAAAAACAAUGCAAAAUGAUUUCAAAAGGAAUUCAAAAAGACGCACUUUUCAUUUUUCCGUGAAAUUGAGCGGGGCUUGGGUUUAUUUUUUCGGAUGCGCGCUUUUUGUGUAAAGGCUUUCAUUCGUGAUCGCUUCCUGCCCCUCUUCCUUUCAGGGUGUUGGGGCGUAGCUUGCGGGGCAUUGAUAGGGUCGACCUUCACGCCGAAAGGCUUCUCGACAGCGGUUCGGAUGGGGGAUUUCGUACUUGAAGGGGCAUGCAGUAAAGCACGCCAACUCAAGAGGAUCCAGGUCUUGAGGAAUCUCCCUUCGCCAGAUUCAAAAAAAAGUUGGAAAUAAGUUGGAAGCCAACUUUUUUCUGUUUCCCAUACUAAGAAUCCCUGACCCAACUAAUUUUGAACUUGUCUCCAACUUAUUCCCAACUUUUUUUUGAAAUUGCCCAGAUCCGCCAAUUUCUUUUUGAAUUGUCUCGGGGCCGCCAAUUUCUUUUUGAAUUCCAUCAACCCCGCCAAUUUCUUUUUGAAUUCCGUUCAGGUCGCCAAUUUCUUUUUGAAAUUGCUUAGGCCCGCCAAUUUCCUUUUGAAAUUGGGCACUCUGCGUGAUCGCUCUGGUAUUGGUGUGGUCUGUGGCAUGAUAUGUUUUAUGUUAGGCACCAAUCAGGCCCGAUCAAUCGAGGGGAGAGGGUGCAUCUGGGCCCUCUCGGCCGCCUUGGAAAUGGAAUUGCGUUGGCCCCAUGCGUCGUGGCUUUGGGCGGACGUGGUGUCUGUCCGUUGGGUUUUCGAGGGACCCUGGCGGUUCAAUCUUGAAAGAGAUGAUUUUCUUGAACAACCUGUUUGUUUGAUUUUACAGAAUCUAAAACGCACCAGAAAAACUCGCUGUUUGGUUACCUUGGCUUCCCAGGUACAGUUCUGGUUCAUUGUGUUUAGAAUAUUGCACGCCUGCUUACAAAUUCGGCGGGAAAAGAUGUGCUGCUCUUGUCCCUGAUGUGCGGGCAGUCUCUAGCACUUUUCCUGCUGAUUAGAUGUCCCCCCUACGUGGUGUUUAUGUUUGUCGUGUUUCAUGGGUUCUUCUUCUUUGUGUCAUCGCUCAGUUCGGAUAUUCGGUUUCGGUGGUGCAUUGUGCCGUCGUGGUAGUCAGUCUAGUCGU